ACCAAGGGUAAUAAUAAUAUCCUUUCAAAACACAACUCGCAUCAACUUUUUAUCUCUUCAAUCUCUAUCUGUCUCUCUAUCGUACAAACUUUCUCUGUGGUCGGAGUUUCUGUGAGAGAUUGAAGCUAUGUCUCAGACCGUUGUUCUCAGAGUGGCUAUGUCAUGCGAGGGAUGUGUUGGAGCUGUUAAAAGAGUCCUCGGCAAAAUGGAAGGCGUGGAGUCAUUUGAUGUGGAUAUAAAGGAGCAAAAAGUGACAGUGAAAGGCAAUGUGCAGCCAGACGCUGUUUUGCAGACUGUAUCAAAAACUGGAAAGAAAUCGGCUUUCUGGGAGACAGAGGGUGAAACCGGCAAGGCCUAAAGGAGAAGCAGAUCACGUGACUCUGUUUUUAAUAAAACUUGUAUGGGAUCCUUCUUUGUUUCUGUGACUUGUGGCUUAACAUUUCUCUGUGGACCAACCUUGUUUUAGUCAUUGUAAGGGCUGUGGUUAAAACCAGUUCUUUGAAUAAUUAGGCGUCUCAUGUCCCAAAACAUACAAUCUUUCACUCUUAUUUGGUUUAACACAAUGAGUUGGGAUUAAGUAAGUUUGAGCCAAUGCAUGAAAAAAAUAUUGGGGACUAAUACUUUCGGCUUUGAAUUUGAACCAAAUAAGAGUAAAACAGAAUGACAUUUUUAACACAGUAGUGAGUAUGGAUCUGAUUAUACAACACAAUUUUGCCUAAACUAUAGGGUGUAAUGAAGCUCGAGUAGGAACCAAAAUGAUGCAGCUUUAUUUCGAUACAAAAGCAGGUCGUUGAUCCAUCUUCUAGACUGUGGGAACUACCUCAAGUUGCGGUGGUUGGUAUGGAUUGAAUAGCUGCGAGAGGAUUCACUUGGUAUGAAAACGCAAGCUUCCAGAAAUCUACAAUUGCUUUUCUCGUGGACUCCAUUUGUCUGCGAAUGAUCCUAAUACAAAACACACCACAAUAUAUGUUUUCAUCACCAUAAAUUCUGAUCAUUCAAGUACAGAGAUGUUGCUUAGAAGAAUUCUUACCGUGUUAAAGCAGCUCGUUU